AACGUGAUAAUCAUUGGUCAAUCCGGGGUGGGGAAAAGCUCCCUCAUUAACAUGCUUUGUCCCGGGGCCAAAGCUGAUACCUCAAACGACACAACCGGUUGCACACAGACAGAGACAGAGUACCGAUGCGACCUCGGGGGACAAUCCUGUCAAGUACACGACACAAUUGGUCUCGAAGAAGGGCGAUGGGGCUUCCUUCCAGACAAGAAAGCACAGAAGCGGCUCAAAACAUACUUGAAGACGAACGAACCACACCUUGUGGUAUACUGCAUGCCGGGAAGAAGAAGCUGCGUGAAGAAAUCGCAUGGACGCAACUAUAAGAAGUUCAAGUCGGUGGUAAGAAAUGACGUGCCCGUCGUAGUGGUCGUCACCGGUUUGGAGAAUUUUGAAGGUCAAAAUAUGGAGGAUUGGUGGUCGCAGAAUGAGAAA